AGGAGUGACCAGAAUAAAAACAGCAACACCAGACAUAGAGGAGGAAAAAAAGCAACGUGAUCCAUUGAACCAGAGUCUUUGCCCUCUCUUAAUUACGUCAGGUCUCAUAUCUUUUCCCUUUUUUCACCUUUUCCCCAACUUCAGGCUAGUGGUAAUUAGCUAGAAGAGAAUAAAACCAGCUGAUCGGGAGAGGGGUGGUGCAUUUUGGAGCGAGAUGGCUAACAGAAACAUUCUGUUGCUCUUCUGUGGACUCUUCCUCUUAGCACUGAUUCAGCCCUCUCUUCAAGGAGGUGUCUAUGUACCACCUGGUGCUGGGAUUGGACCAGGAGGUGCUGGAACAGGAACUGGAUUCUUUCCAGGGGCUGCUGGAGGAGUCCCCGCAGGCUAUAAACCAGCUAAAGCUGCAGUAGGAGGUUAUGGAGGUGGAGGCCAUGGUGUGGGACCAGGUGGUUUGGUGCCAGGGGGUGUUGGGCCUGGUGGCUUGGGCAUUGCAGGACAAGGUGGAAAGGCCCCUAAACCAGGUUAUGGUAAUCUAGGAGCUGGUGGACUUGGUGCUGGUGGAUUUGGAGCUGGUGGACUUGGUGCUGGUGGAUUUGGAGCUGGUGGACUUGGUGCUGGUGGAUUUGGAGCUGGUGGACUUGGUGCUGGUGGUUAUGGUGGAUAUGGUGGAGGCACUGGGGGCUUUUUCCCAGGAGCUGGACAGAAGGCUGCCAAAAGAGGUGCAGGAGGCCAUCUGCUACCACAAGGAGGAGGAGGUCCAGGAGCUACAGGAACUGGAGUGGUGCCUGCUGGAGUACCUGUUAUUCCUCAAACAGGCCUUCCAGGAGGGGCCGGUGGUGGCGCGGGAAAGAAAGCUGCCAAAGUGCCAGGUGUGGGUGUCCCUGGACUUUACCAAGGUGGACUGGUGCCAGGAAAAGGGUUUGGUGGACGUGGAGUUCUACCCGGGGUGGCCACAGGCACCGGCCUGAAUCCAAAAUCAAUCGGAGGGGGAGGACAAGGACCAGGAGGCCGGGGGUAUGGUGGACCGGUGCAGCCAGGAGUAUUCCAUGGAUACCCCCUCAAAUCACCCAAAGUGCAAGGUGGCUAUGGAGCAAAACCUGGAGGUGGCAAAGUUCCCUAUGGUUAUGGGGGCUUUGGUACUGGUGGAGCUGGACUGCCGGGAGGAAAAGGUGGCCCUGGUUCGAUACCUGGAUAUCCUGUUGGAACUGGAGUGGGGCCCGGAGGCAUCUCACCUGCUCAGGCUAAAGCUGCCAAAUAUGGUUUGGGUGGUCUUGGGGGUGUCGGUGGUGUCGGUGGUGUCGGUGGUGUCGGUGGUGUCGGUGGUGUAGGUGGUGUUGGUGGACUGUAUCCAGGGCAAGUGCCAGGAGGAUAUGGAGCUGGGUCUAAGGCUGCAAAAUAUGGAGUACCAGGGGGAGUACCAGGGGGAGUACCAGGGGGAGUACCAGGGGGAGUACCAGGGGGAGUACCAGGUGGGGUACCAGGGGGAGUACCAGGUGGUGCACCCAUUGCAGUACCAGGAGGAAUUCCAAGUUUCCAAGCCAAAGCUGCUAAAUAUGGGACAGGGAUAGGCGGUCAUCUAGGGGCAGGAGGUCAACUAGGGGCAGGAGGUCAUCUAGGGGCAGGAGGUCAACUAGGGGCAGGAGGUCAUCUAGGGGCAGGAGGUCAACUAGGGGCAGGAGGACAAGUAGGACCAGGAGGAUACUCCCCUGCUGCCAAAGCUGCUAAAUAUGGAAUAGGAGGUCAAUUAGGGGCAGGAGGUCAAUUAGGGGCAGGAGGUCAAUUGGGCGCAGGAGGUCAAGUAGGACCCGGAGGAUACUCUGCUGCUGCCAAAGCUGCUAAAUAUGGAGUAGGGGGACUGGGAGGAACGGGAGGAUUGGGAGGAACAGGAGGACUGGGAGGUGGAGGAUACCCUGCUGCUGCUGCUGCAGCUGCUGCUGCUGCCAAAGCAGCUAAAUACGGAGUAGGGGGACUAGGAGGAACAGGAGGAUUGGGAGGAACAGGAGGACUAGGAGGGACAGGAGGACUGGGAGGUGGAGGAUACCCUGCUGCUGCUGCCGCUGCCAAAGCAGCUAAAUACGGAGUAGGAGGACUAGGAGGCACAGCAGGACUAGGAGGAACAGGAGGACUAGGAGGAACGGGAGGACUGGGAGGUGGAGGAUACCCUGCUGCUGCUGCUGCUGCUGCCGCUGCCAAAGCAGCUAAAUACGGAGUAGGGGGACUAGGAGGCACAGCAGGACUAGGAGGAACGGGAGGACUAGGAGGAACGGGAGGACUGGGAGGUGGAGGAUACCCUGCUGCUGCUGCUGCUGCUGCCAAAGCAGCUAAAUACGGAGUAGGGGGACUAGGUGGAACAGGUGGACUGGGAGGUGGAGGAUACCCUGCUGCUGCUGCUGCUGCUGCCAAAGCAGCUAAAUACGGAGUAGGGGGACUAGGUGGAACAGGUGGACUGGGAGGUGGAGGAUACCCUGCUGCUGCUGCUGCUGCUGCUAAAGCUGCUAAAUAUGGCCCAGGUGGUGCAGGAGGAAUUCCAAAUGGUGGUGGUGGGGGAGGAGUCCCAUUUUUACCAGGAUAUGGAUCUUUGGCGGCUGGUGCCAAACCUCCUAAAUAUGGAGUCCCAGGAGCAGGCCAAGGAGGAGUUCCAGGAGGAGCCGGUCAGAUACCACCUGGUGGUGGCGGCUAUGGUGGUUAUGGAGCUGGUGCUGGAGUCAAACCUCCAAAGUAUGGCGGCAUCACUGGAGUAGGACUAGCUGUGCCAGGAGCUACUCCAGGUACAGGCGUCGGUGGCGUUCCAGAUGGUUCUGUUGUUGUGUUACCAGGUGGUACAGGUGUUCCUGGAAAACCAGCAGAGGUUCAAAUUCCCGAUGGAACUCCUCAACCAGAGUCUACACCUAUUGUCGCAACUGGCAAGGCCCCAGAGGUCCCGCAGCCCAUUGGUGGUGGAAUUAUUCAGCCUAGUGCUGGCACAAGUGUUGGUGGAGCAGGUGUUGGACCGUCUCCCGGUGUUGGUGCCACAGGACAAGGACAGCCUGUUGCAACUGGAGUCCAACAACCUGGAGGUGUUGGUGUUGGCACAGGUGUCAAAGCACCUAAACCAUUUGUACCAGGUGCAGGAGGAUAUCCCUAUGGUGGAAACUACGGAGUUCCUUAUGGUGCAGUUACCGGCACUGGAACUGGACCUGGAACUCUGCCUGGAGCGAAGCCUCUGAAACCUCCAGCAGCAGGUGGAACAGGAGGCGGAGUGGGAAUCCCACUAGCAGCAGGAGGUUAUCAAGGGGGAUACAGUCCAUAUCUUCAUGGUUAUGGACAGGGUGGGCUGACGUAUCCCUCUGCAGUUGGACUGGGAGGUGCUGGUGCUGGUGCUGGAGCUAAAGCACCAAAACCAGGCUAUGGCAAUCUUGGAGGUGGUGGUGGAUAUCAGCCAGGUGUGGGUCGUGUAGCUCCCGGUUAUGGAGGAGCUUACCCCCCGCAGUACUACCAAGGAGGCGGAUUAAAGUCCAACUGCCGGCAGCCAGGUGGAUAUGUACCAGCUCCACUGACUCCUCAACAAGCCAAAGCAGCCAAGUAUGGUCCACUGCAGGGCUUCCUCGGUGGCGCAGGAGGAGGAGGGGUCUACAGAGGUGGAGCCGCAGGAUGCCAGGGCAAAUACUGCGGGAGGAGGAAGUAGAGGAUCUCUUGAGAUCCAGUGUGACCUCAAGAAACUAUGGUGCUACUGCAUGAUGGAGAAUGUACAUUUUAUAUGCAAACAAACCAACAUUAGACAAUGUGCAAAGAUGUUUUUUUACUGACUUGACUUUAACAUCUGUUUUUAUACGAACCCACCGACCCAGAGUUUUGUACACGUUCUGAUGUGACGUAUGUUACUGAUAGUGCCUUUAGUCAUUAACGUGGUCAAGUUAAUUUGCUUUGACUCCCCAUACUGCACCAGCCUAGUUAAAACACAAAGUGUUUGUUUGUGUCAGCAUAUAUUGCAGUGUGUGUGUGUGCGCGUGUGUGUGCGUGUGUGUGUGUGUGCGUGUGUGUGUGCGUGUGUGUGUGUGCGUGCGUGCGUGCUGUGUGUAUGUGUGUAUGUGUGUUGUUUUGGCAUAUGGUUGUACUGUUGUGCGAAAGACUGUCUGAACCAUUGGCUGCCGUUGUGACCUAAUGAAUGAUUUCCCUUUCGGUUUGAAUCCUAAAGCGAGGUGAUCUGUCCUUAGCAUUACAGCCCACACUGUCACACCUCGCUGCGCAGAUCUCUUCUCUGACAUGUCAGAGGGGCAGGGUUUGUCCAGGCUUGUCCAAAAACUGAUGAAAUCUAGCCAAUCUCAGCAUCGUUUUUGGCUCCCUGUCUUCUUAGCUGCUAUUUUUAGGCCUGUUGGGUAUAAAGCAGCAGGAAUCGGGGCUCCGGCCAACCCAUCUGCUCUUAGUAACUUUGCUGAUUCUUGUUGCUAUGCAGUUCAGUCUCCUCAGCAUUUUUUAUCCUGCCAAACUUGUGAUGUAUGAAGAGCAGCUCCUGCUCUGAGGGACAGUAUGCUGAAGACAAUCAAAAAAAAUGUUUCAUUCCUUAGUGUUUAAAAACCACAAGAAAGCAGUGUUUCCUUUUAGUUCCAAGUAGAAUAAAACAUCAUUCAGAUCCUACUCUGGCAUGUACAUUAUGUAUGUAUGAAUGUUUAAUUAUGUGUCCCUGUCCUAAAGUCUGGGAUAGAGCGCUUUAGUCUGCUUCAAAUGUUUAGUCUCAUCGCAGCAAUUAUUUACAUUUAUGUCAUUACAUGAUUAUCCAAGAUUUUUUGCACCAUGCUUUGACUCAUAGCUUUAUUGUUAUCAGGAAUGUGUGAACAUAAAACAAGAACAAUCCUUUGCUUUUGCAUUUAUUCACUGUUAAGAAUUGUAACACAGAGUAAGACUUUGUUCAAUGGAAGAGCCUGCAGUAUGAGUUUAUGUGAGGCACAUGCUCCCAUUGUUCUUCAUUUACUUGAGCUGCUUUUAAAAAGGCUUUACUGACCAAAGGUUCAUGAGCGCUGUUGCCAAGUGACCCCAUCUCUUUCUGUAAUUGUGUACUGUAUUUUGUACUAAUUUGAUGCUAGCCAGCUUCAGUUCCUUCACUCGGUGCUGUGUAACAACUGUCUUUGAGCCUCACUAGGUCAGACCUUGUCUUAUGUGCCGUGGGAUACUCUUCAUCUUUAUUUAAAACUGUUUUUAUAAGGAGGAACAGUGUGGUUUUGCACUUUUUAUAUUUCCAUGACACACGUGAUUUGUUCCUAGAUAUCCCGGCAUUUUAUUUGCUUCAUUAGAUAACAAAAUAAAAUGUGUUUAAAGAUC